GAAUCAGAGAAGUUGCCUCACUAGAGGUCAAAGGUGAAACCCGAAUGCCUUAUAAAACCUUCCGGGCUCAGGGCUCCUCACCAGAACAGGCUUCUUGCUAGAGCUCCACACUCCUGUACAUUGAGGGUUAACGUGAGGUUGGGAAGAUGACGAAGCUGGAAGACCACCUGGAGGGAAUCAUCAACAUUUUCCACCAGUACUCCGCUCGGGUGGGGGAUUUUGACACUCUCACCAAGAGUGAGCUGAAGCGGCUGAUCACAAAGGAACUUAGCAACACCAUCAAGAACACCAAGGAUCAAGCCACCAUUGACAAAAUAUUCCAAGAGCUGGAUGUUAAUGGAGAUGGACAGGUCACGUUUAAGGAAUUCAUAAUCCUGGUGGCCAGGGUGCUGGCGACUGCCCAUGAUAAUAUCCACACUGAGUAGGGAGCUCCGAGUGCCUUUCUGCCAACAAUGUCCGCAAGAAGAACCUAGGGAAGUGAGAGUUAAUAAAUGUAUUCUUGAAAAGUU